AUGUGUUUUCUGUUGCUAUGGCAUACAUCGGAGCACCUUCUUUUAGUAAUCUUGGAUGAACCUACGUCUGGAGUUGAUGCUUACGAAAGACAGCUUCUUUGGAAGAUGGCUUCUUAUUUCGUGAACACUACAACGAUAAUUGCAAGCCAUAGUCUGGAAGAAGGAGAAAGUGUUGCAAGUAGAGUUUUCGUGAUGGACGAAGGAAAAAUAAUUUUCAUGGGAACACCUUCAGAGUUACGAGCAAGAUACAAAUGCGGCUACAGACUGAAUUUUGAUGGAUAA